CCGAGCUGCGGCUGCGGCAGCGGCGCGGCGGGGACGCGGCCGGGCUCGGGGGGACACACGGACACACGGCCCUGCUCGGGGCAGGGGUGUUUUGCCACAGCCACACCGGGAGACAGCGGCCAAAGGGCGGAUCGCAGCCCCCGUGCCCGGCUUCGCCCGCGCUCCCCGCUCGCCCGGGGAUGGAGGAGGGACGGCGGCGAGCGCAGCGCUGGGCUCGUGGCUCCGGGGAUCCUCGGCUCUGCCUCGGCGCUGAGGUGUGCUGACCAUGCUGCUGCUGAUCGUCUCCGAGAGCUCUGUGGAGGAGCAGUUUUAGGGUUUGCUCUGCAGAUCCAUGGAGCCGGACCCCCAUGCCAGCAUGCAGGUCGGGAUGAGGGUAGUCCGUGGCGUGGACUGGAAGUGGGGCAGCCAGGACAGCGGCGAGGGCAACGUGGGCACCGUGGUGGAGAUCGGCCGCACGGGCAGCCCCACCACGCCCGACAAGACCGUGGUGGUGCAGUGGGAUCAGGGCAACAGAACCAACUACCGCACGGGCUUCCAGGGAGCCUACGACCUGCUGCUCUAUGACAACGCCCAGAUCGGUGUCCGUCACCCCAACAUCAUCUGUGACUGCUGCAAGAAGCACGGGAUCCGAGGCAUGAGGUGGAAAUGCAAAAUGUGCUUUGACUACGACCUGUGCACCCAGUGCUACAUGAACAACAAGCACGACCUGUCCCACUCCUUCGAGCGCUACGAGACCGCUCACUCCCAGCCCGUCCUCGUGAGCCCUCGACAGAAUCUGACUCGCAUCACGUUAAAAGGGACUUUCCAGGGGGCUAAAGUGGUCCGUGGGCCUGACUGGGAGUGGGGUAACCAGGAUGGGGGUGAGGGUAAGACCGGCCGCGUGGUCGAUAUCCGGGGCUGGGACGUGGAGACCGGCCGCAGCGUCGCCAGCGUCACCUGGGCAGAUGGAACCACCAACGUCUACAGGGUGGGCCACAAGGGAAAAGUGGACCUCAAAUGUACUGUGGAGGCUUCUGGGGGCUUCUACUACAAGGAGCACCUCCCAAAAUUAGGGAAACCAGCUGAGCUGCAGAGGAAGGAGAGCACAGACAGACAUCCCUUCCAGCACGGGGACAAGGUCAAGUGCCUGCUGGACAUCGACAUCCUGCGGGAGAUGCAGGAGGGCCACGGAGGCUGGAACCCCAAAAUGGCUGAGUUCAUUGGGCAGACGGGGACCGUGCACAGGAUCACGGACAGAGGGGACGUGAGGGUCCAGUUCAACAGCGAGACCCGCUGGACGUUCCACCCUGGAGCCCUGACCAAGCUCAACACCUUUUGGGUUGGUGAUGUGGUCCGGGUGAUAGAUGAUAUGGAAACAGUGAAGCGGUUCCAACCUGGUCAUGGGGAGUGGACAGAUGAGAUGGCACCUACCCUGGGGCACAUUGGGAAGGUGAUCAAGGUCUAUGGGGACGGAGAUCUGCGAGUGUCAGUGGGGGGACAGUCCUGGACCUUCAACCCUGCCUGCCUGACAGCCUACCAGAGGGAGGAGGAGGCCAACCUGAUGACCACAGAGAGUGCCAAGGAGUCCAAAAGUACUUUGGUGACUGUCCUGGAGAAGCUGCUGUCCCAGAGGACAGAGUCAGAACAUGCAGGGUGCCUGGUCAUUUGUGCAGCCCUCAACAACGCAGCCAAAGUCCGGGAGCUCCUCCAGAAAUACCCAGACAAGGUGGAUGCCAAGAACCAGGGCAGGACUGCCCUGCAAAUUGCCUCAUACCAGGGGCACCUGGAGGUGGUGAAGACGCUGCUGCAGGCGCACGCCAACGUGGACCUGCGUGACGACGAGGGGGACACGGCGCUGCACUACGCAGCCUUUGGGAACCAAGCUGAAGUUGCCCGUGUGCUGCUGGCCAAGGGGGCCAGUGCAGACCUGCUGAACAAUGCCAAGUGCACAGCCCUGUACGUCGCUGUCAGCCAGGGCUUCACCGAGGUGGUCAGAGCCCUCUGCGAGCUCAACUGUGAUGUCAACCUCCCAGAUUCCCAGGGAGACACCCCCCUGCAUUAUGCCAUCACCCUGGACUACAAAGUCCUGAUUGAGAUCCUCACUGAAGUUCCCAACAUCGAUUUCACUGUCCAGAACUGUCAAGGUUUCAACCUGCUCCACUAUGCUGCCCUGAAAGGCAACAAGCUAGCCAUCAAGAAGAUUCUGGCCAGGGCUCGGCAGCUGGUGGACUCCAAAAAGGAAGAUGGAUUCACUGCCCUGCACCUUGCUGCUCUCAAUAACCACAUGGAAGUGGCUGAAAUUCUCAUCAAAGAGGGCCGCUGCGAGCUGAACGUGAGGAACAGCCGGAGGCAGAGCCCGCUGCACCUGGCCGUGAUCCAGGGCCACGUGGGCAUGGUGCAGCUGCUGGUGCGGCACGGCAGCGACGUCAACGCCGAGGACGAGGACGGCGACACGGCCAUGCACAUGGCGCUGGAGCGGCAGCAGCUGAUGGGGCUGGCCCUGCAGAAACGGGACGGCGACAUGGGAGCCGCCCUCCUGGCCAAGUUGCAGGCUUCUGGCUUCCUGGGAAAUGUGGAGCUGAACGUUGGGACUGCCAUUGCCUGCUACUUAGCACAAGAAGGAGCAGAUAUUAAUUAUGCAAAUCAUCGGGGAAAGUCUCCUUUGGACCUCAUCACAGAUGGAAGAAUCGUCCAGAUUGUCAAAGACUUCUCCCAGAAAUUCAGGGAUCAGCAGGUUUCAUCUGACAGCUCAACCAUCACCUGCAGCCUUCGCCGUGUGCACACCACGCCCAACACCAUGACCAACCUCAGUGUCUCCAGCGUGGCAGUGCCCACAGAGUGCCUGGUCUGCUCUGAGCUGGCCUUGCUCAUCCAUUUCUUCCCAUGCCAGCACAGUAUUGUGUGUGAAGAAUGCUCCAGGAGGAUGAAGAAGUGCAUCAAAUGUCAAGUGACAAUAACCAAAAAGCUGAAACAAGACAGCACGGAGGUGCAGUGCAGCCCCAGCUCGGAGGGCACGGAGCAGAGGAAGCUGAUGGAGGAGCUGCAGAGCCGCUACCGGCAGAUGGAGGAGAGGAUCACCUGCCCCAUCUGCAUCGACGACCAGAUCAAGCUGGUGUUCCAGUGCGGGCACGGCUCGUGCCCAGACUGCAGCACGGCGCUGACCGUGUGCCCCAUCUGCCGCCAGGCCAUCCGCGAGAGGAUCCACAUCUUCGUCUGAGGGCAGGGAAGCGCCCCAGGGACGGGCCAGGGGAGGAGGAGGAGGAGGAGGAGGAAGAGGAGUCCCCUCUGGGGUGUCCCAGGGAAGGGACAGCCCCUCCCUCAUCUGUGCUGCUCAUCCACCGCCACCACCGGACUGACCACGCUUCCAGAGCUGAGCUGAAGAGAUCCUGGGGUGUCCCAGAGCUGAGCAGAUCCUGGGGUGUUCCAGAGCUGAGCUGAUCCUGGGGUGUCCCAGAGCUGAGCAGAUCCUGGGGUGUCCCAGAGCUGAGCAGAUCCUGGGGUGUUCCAGAGCUGGGCAGAUCCUGGGGUGUCCCAGCACUGAGCAGAUCCUGGGGUGUCCCAGGGCCAUCCAGGAGUGUUCCCAGCUCCCCAGGAGAUCCCUGGAUCAGCUCUCCCAGGCCCAGCCCGGGAGGGGAUGUCCCCCCUGCCCCUGGGGCUCAGCACAGCAGCAGAGCUGGAGUCAGGAGUCCUACAGACAGAGCGUGUGCCUUAGAGAAAAAGUAGUGAACACUGACUGGAGAAAAUCUGUUACAACAAAUAUUUCUGACCUCUAAGUGACACUCUUCUUCUUCUUCUUCCAUAUUUUUUUUUUUUUGGCAGAGCCAUGUGUUCAGAGACUCCUGAGCGUUCUAUCCAUAAUGCCAAAGGCAGGUGUUAAAUACUCCAAUCAAAGUGUAAAGAAAAUAAAUAGUAAAUAAUUAAGAUACGAGGGGGAGGAGGAGUUAAAAAAAAAAAAAAAGGGAUUUCAUUUUUGUUUUUUUGUUUUGCAGCAAAACUUAAUAAAAUAAAAAUAUAUAUUUUCCUGAGCAUUAAAAAUGAAUGUACAAACAAUAGCUGUAUUGCUUUCCAGCUGAGUGAAGAAUUAUUACCCACUCAGUCAUCCUGUAAAGUAAAUUUUGGUGGAAGUGUGGCUGUUUGUUUGGGGUCUGGUGAUGCCCAAACCUCCUGUUUGUUACCUAUUGGAAGCAAUAUUUAAACAAACAAAACAAAACAAAAA